CGCAAAGUGUCACCUGACUAACAAAACUCUCAUCGGUUCUAAACUCAAGAGAGUGACGAAGUUCACAACGUUAUUAGAAAACCUGCUGCCUCGGUUGUUUGAAAGUCAUGCUGCGUGUUUCUCUUGUAUCCAGCCACCGAGAUAAAACUAUAUUAAAACUUGUCUCCAGUGUUAUAUACACGACACAAUGAAGAAAUAUUUUUUUCUGGGGUUUGACUGACUUUCAAAGCUCCAACAAAAUGUCCCCCGCAUCGGAGACAGUGACAUGUUGCGAAUGGCACUCCUCGCGGGGGGGUAAUUGCUUAAUGUGUAGGGUGAUAGCACUCCAUAUUGUGGUUGGCAGCACGUGGGAGCCAUGUUGUGAAUGGCAAGGCGUAGUUAUGGGAUGCCAAUGUGACAGGCUCAGCUGUGUUAGCGUGUUUUGACAAUUGCCAUUGGGAGCAUAGCGUUUCCUGGUUUUGCUCGUGUGCGGGAACAUAGUUGUUAUAGUAGAGUAAUAAUGGUGGCGGGGCACGGGGGAAAGGGAUGCUCCACUUCAUAGUCUCCUCCUCUCUGCUCCUCCUUCAACACAUCAUUUCUGGUUUUGAGUGUGGGAGAAGAUGGUGCACUGUUUACCAUUUUCAAGGCCCAGUUGGAUUCUCCUCUCGUGUUUAUCUUGUAUCACCCUGAUAGCCACGACCAGCGCGCAGAGCCAUCAAAACAGACCAUCCGUCCAGGUAGAUAUAAAACCAGUUCUUUCAGGGGUUGUUUCUUGAGCAAUGUAAGUUGUUAACAAACUAUGUACCCAUGUUUGGUUAGUAUUAUUGUACUCUACUGGUUUUCUGUUGUGUUUAUACCAAGUUAAAAAAAAAAAAAAAAAAAGUAUUAUAAUUCUCACUUCUUCCAUAACCAGUUAAAUGGAUAUUUUUUAUUUUUUUUAUUUUUUUUACAAAGCUUAAUGUUUGUUCAUUUUAUGAAGAAUAGAUUUGCUCAUUAAAGUCCAUAACCCUCACUACUGUUUCUUGCUGUAUGGGAGCAAGGAUCUACAAGUUAUUACAUUAUAAAGGCAAUAACCAAUAAUUUUUUCUCAGUUAUCAAAUAUCCUAGUUUAUCAUCUUAUAGGGACACUAUACUCACCAAAACAGCUUUAACUUUAAUAAAGCAGUUUUGGUGUUUUAGAUCAUGCCUCUGCAGUCUCAUUGUUCAAUUGUCUGCCAUGUAGGAGUUAAAUCAUGUAUUUAUUUUAAGCCCUAGUCACACCUCUCUGCAUGGAACUGACACAGCCUUCCUAAACACUUCCUGUAAAGAGUAAUCUAAUGUUUACACUUCCUUUAUUGCACAGACUGUUUAAUUUAGAAUGUCUUAUCUCCUGCACUAUCAACAGUUUGCAAUUUAAAGAGCAGGAGAUGAAAACUUAUAAAACAAGUUAAAGGACCACUCUAGGCACCCAGACCACUUCAGCUUAAUGAAGUGGUCUGGGUGCCAGGUCCCUCUAGGGUUAACCCCUUUUUUUUUUUUUUAUAAACAUAGUUUCAGAGAAACUGCUAUGUUUAUAAAUGGGUUAAUCCAGCCUCUAAAGCCUCUAGUGGCUGUCUCAUUGACAGCCGCUAGAGGCGUUUUGCGUGCUUCUCACUGUGAAAAUCACAGUGAGAAGACGCCAGCGUCCAUAGGAAAGCAUUAUAAAUAAAUUUCCUAUGAGACUUGCUGAAUGUGCCCGCAGCUCCUGCCGCGCAUGCGCAUUUAGCCCAAGAGGAGGAGGAGAGCUCCACGCUCGGCGCUGGAAAAAAGGUAAGAUUUAACCUCUCCCCAGAGCCCGGCAGGAAGGGGACCCUGAGGGUGGGGCAUCCUCAGGGCACUAUAGUGCCAGGAAAACGAGUAUGUUUUCCUGGCACUAUAGUGGUCCUUUAACAUAACACGUUUUUGAAAAUGAAAGCAUUUUCCUCAUGUAGACUGUGCAAGUUGUAGACAGAGGAGGAGGUGUGGCUAGGGCUGCAUAAAACGUAAACAAAAGUGAUUUAUCUCCAGAAUGGCCAUAAAUUUAGCAUUGAGGCUUCAGAGGCAUUAACUAUACCCAAAAACUGCUGUGAAGCUAUAACCUUAAGGUCAGCGGGCAUUAUGUCGUCCUGCACAAUGUGGACUUUAAGCCCCCUGGCAACCCAGGCAGUCUUCUGCAGCCAAUCACAUGAGACCAGAUCGGCAGUGAGAUGGUGAAAUAGGAGUGUUGUUCUUUCACAACGCAAGUCCCCUGACAAACCAUUGCACCCUUGUGGGUUCAGUUACAGAAAACAUACGCAAGCCAAACGCAAUUAUGACAUAGGAAAUGGUGUUAUUAGGCAUCUCCUAGAAGGAUCUAAGGAUCCUAUCAUAGUUUUGAUCAAUCAUAACAAUCUGUCGUGCUGAGAAGUGGCAAAUAGGCUAAAUUCCCAGCAGGCUAGAUGGUUUAAUCUCCAUUUUAAUUUAAUUUUAUUUUUUUCAACAAUCUUUAUAUUUAGUUUCACAUAGAGAAAAGGAAAUAGAAAUACAAUGGUUAACAUAUACUGUGUCAUGAUAUAGAGAAUUAAAGAAUACUUCUCUAUGUCCAAGCAGUUAAAGGGAAACUAUAGUUCCAGGAAAACAAACGCAUUUUCAUGGGACUAUAACUUCACCCUCUGUCAAGCCCGAUGUCCCUCAGUGCUGGCUCAGCUCCGCAAAUGUCCCCCCCCUUUCCUCCCCCACCACCAUCAGCUGGCGGAAGAGACCUAAUGCGCAUGCACAGCAAUGGGCGUGCUCGCAUCAGGAUUUCCCCAUAGGAAAGCUUUAUUUAAUGCUUUCGUAUAAGGAUUCCGGUGACACUGGCAGUUCUCAUACAUAGCGUGAGGACGUCCAGCGUUAUUUAGGCGACCAAAAGUCACCUAUGCACCCGGAAGUCCCUCUAGUUACUGUUUAAUAGACAGCCACUAGAGGAGGACUUACCCUAUCAGGUAAUUAUUGCAGUUUAUAAAAACUGUAAUAAUUACAUACUCAGGGUUAAAGGUGAUGGGACUUUGCACGCAGACCACUUAAAUGAGCAGCAGGUGUGUUUUGUAUGUUUAAGUGACCUAUUCCCCUCCUAUCACAUGGGGGAAAAGGCGUUUACUGGAGCUGCGGCUGGCCCCACCUCCAUGGCUGAGAUCAUCAAUCUUGACGAUCUCAGCCAAUCCAAUGCUUCCCAAUAGGAAAGCAUUGGGAGACUAUUACGCAUGCACAGCAAAAUGCCAUUCGACCAAUCAACUUCUCAUAGAGAUGCAGUGAAUCAAUGCAUCUCUAUUGGGAACAUUAACGUAGGUUCUGCACAGUGUAAAGGACUGACCCGAGAAGCACCUCUAGAGGCCGACUGAGUAACUGUCACUAUAGGUAUCACCAGGAAGUAAUGUAAACACUGCAUUUUUGUCUGAAAAGUCAGUGUUUACAUUUAAAAAGCAUUCAGGGACAGGAUAUAGACUUCAGAAUAACUACAUUAAGCGGUAGUGGUUCUGGUGACUAUAGUGCCCCUUUAAGAAUUGUAUUUUUGGCGUUGAAAAACCUAGCUCCUAACUUUUUUUUAGCUGGCUCCUAUCUUCCAAACACUUUUGUCAAGCCCUGAUUUAUGAGUUUGUCUGUUUCUUUAUAUUUAAAAUAAACAUAUGAUGCCACAUGAUAUCUAAUAUAGUGAGGAGCUGUUUGUGUGUGUGAUGUGGUAUGUAAGUUCUGUCUGAAUGCUGUAUUUGCCGGCAUUUUCGGCAUGUGUUGAGUGAUGCAAAUUACAUCAUGAAGCUCCAGCAUGCCCAGUAAGGCGUGUCAUUACUGUAACUCAUAGAGAAUCACUGGAGCAUGGCCAUUGGUGGACAAUUCACCUGAAAUACAGGAAGCAGGGGGAAAGCAAAAGGGGAAAUUAUAUGAAAUUAGAGGACGAGCAGAACAUCAGAUCAUAGUAAAGAUUAUAAACGGUACUUCUAAUGCUAAUUUUUACACUAUUUUAGGGGGAUGUGCAUUUUUUUUUAAAUUUAUUUAUUUACUUUUUACCUUUACAUUUCUUUUAAGGUCUGCAUUCAGGAGAGAAAGGGGAUGGUAGUUUGUGCAACACAAGAGGUCCUUUCCCUUCUUAGGUAUGAGUGAGUUUCUGGGACAUUGGCCCCCAGUCUGGAUAAGUUCUGUCUAACCAGAAGCUUAGGUAGUAGUAAAUCCAUGAACCUGUGUAAAUAGCUUGCAGAAAGGCCAUCCUGGCCAGGUGAUUUACUGGAUUUAGAUAACUUGAGUUCUUCCCCAGCUCUUCCAAUGAUAGGGGCAAUUUGAGAUCGUCUGCCAUUUUUGGCAUACGUACCUGGAUAACAUUUUGAGUAAUAAACUCUGAUACUCUACACUGAUGCUGCUGAGAAGCUUCACUUUGGUGUGACUGUUCAAGGUUAUAAAGCUCCGUAUAGUAGCAUUGAAAUGCCUGCAAAAUUGUAGCUGGUUAUCUGGUCUCCCUCUGCCCCUGAAAUUUAAUCUUAUGAACAUGUUUUUUCUGCAGCAUCCUUGCCAAAAGUCUCCCACACUUGUUAGAGUACUCAUAGAAAUAUCUUUUGGACUUCAGUAAAGUGUGGAGUAGCUUCUGAGAAAGAAAGUCUAAGCUUCCUACUUGCUGUUGUCAGUUUCAGACAAGUGUCAUAGAAACUUAGAAUGUGACGGCAGAUAAAAACCAUUCGGCCCAUCUAGUCAGCCCAAUUUUCUAAAUUCUUUCAUUAGACCCUGGCCUUAUCUUAUAGCUAGUAUAGCCUUAUGCCUAUCCCACGCAUGCUUAACCCCUUAUGGACACAUGACGUGUGACAUGUCAUGAUUACCUUUUAUUCCAGAAGUUUGGUCUUUAAGGGGUUAAAGGACCACUAUAGGCACCCAGACCACUUCAGCUUAAUGAAUUGGUCUGGGUGCCAGGUCCAGCUAGGAUUAACCCUUUCUUCUAUAAACCUAGCAGUUUCAGAGAAACUGCUAUGUUUAUAAUAGGGUUAAUCCAGCCUCUAGUGGCUCUCUCAUUGACAGCCGCUAGAGGCGCUUCCGCGCUUCUCACUGUGAUUUUCACAGUGAGAAGACGCCAGCGUCCAUAGGAAAGCAUUGAGAGUGCUUUACUAGGGACUGGCUGAAUGCGCGCACGGCUCGUGCCGCGCAUGCGCAUUCAGCUGAUGACGAGAAGGAGGAGAGUCCCCUGCCCGGCGCUGGAAAAAAGAGGUAGAUUUAACCCCUUCCACGCCCUAGAGCCAGGCGGGAGGGGGGCCCCGAGGGUGGGGGCACCCUCAGGGCACUAUAGUGCCAGGAAAACGAGUGUGUUUUCCUGGCACUAUAGUGGUCCUUUAAACUCCUGUACUGUGUUAACCUCUACAACUUUAGCUGGAAGGCUAUUCCAUGCAUCCACUACCCUCUCAGUAAAGUAAUACUUCCUAAUAUUUUUAAACCUUUGCCCUUCUAAUUAUGUCCUCUUGUUGUGGCAGUCUUUCUUCUUUUAAAUAUAGUCUUUAUGUAUUUAAAUGUUUCUGUCAUAUCCCCCGUCUCAUCUUUCUUCCAAGCUAUACAUGUUAAGAUCCUUUAACCUUUCUUUGUAAGUUUUAUCCUGCAAUCCAUGAACCAGCUUAGUAGCCCUUCUCUGAACUCUAACGUAUCAAUAUCCUUCUGGAGAUACGGUUUCCAGUACUGUGUACAAUACUCCAAGUGAGGUCUCACCAGUGUUCUGUACAAUGGCAUGAGCACUUCUCUCUUUCUACUGCUAAUACCUCUCCCUAUACAACCAAGCAUUCUGCUAGAAUUUCCUGCUGCUCUAUUACAUUGUCUGCCUACCUUUAAGUCAUCAGAAAUAAUCACCCCUAAAUCCCUUUCCUCAUAUGUUGAGGUUAGGACUCUAUCAAAUAUUCUGUACUCUGCCCUUGGGGUUUUACAUCCAGGAUGCAUUAUCUUGCACUUAUCCACAUUAAAUGUCAGCUGCCACAACUUUGGGUGCAUGCGCAUUCAGCCGAUGACGUCCAAAGGAGGAGGAGAGUGUUUAACCCCUCCAACUUCAGCCCGGUGGGAGGGGGGGCCAUGAGGGUGGGGGCACCCUCAGGGCACUAUAGUGCCAGGAAAACAAGCUUUCCUGGCACUAUAGUGGUCCUUUAAGACUUUGGAGGCCCCAGGGCAAACUGCAGCCGCCCAACCAGUAGUUAAAGCCCAACAUAUCCAUAACUUGCUGUGGCAGUGAGCAGUGAGGCCUGACAAGGCACAACCAGCAGAGAACAGGAGUGCACAUAGAAUACAUAACAAUCAAGAGGUUAUAAAAGUGUGGUUAGCAGUGGCCACCCCACUGGCCUGGUUCUGGUGGAAGGCGGGUACAAUACUAAAGGCAAUCUGGGAGUAUAAUAGGAGACUAGACCAGGAUCAAUCUCCAAUCCGUGACUGGCCCGGAUGAUAGCCGGGGUGUGGGCAGCCUCACAAGACAAUAUGCAAUAUCAGGACAAAUAAUAGAUAAAUUGGCCAGCAAUAUAAUGGGUCCAACUUCCCUAGCUGCCCAAAUAUUUGUACACCCCUUUCCAUCCAAAUAGUCAGGAAUGCUGCAGUCCCAGAGACCCCGACCAGGCAGGCUAGGGGAGCCCAUGCUCCUCAGUUCAGGGUGCCCACAUUAGAUCUCAGAGCCAGUUUGUGGGAGAGUAAGAGUGCGGGCGACCAUUAUCCAAUUUGGAACAAUAAUGGCUUGUAGGUUCAGGGUCCUAAGCAAGCGAGGAACAUCAUUCUGCCACUACAACACAUGCUAGAUAUUGCUUAUUCAUGCCUGCAAACUAAAUGGGAAACCAUAUCUUUAUAAGAUCCGCUUCUCCUGCAGCAUACUGAUGACUGGCCUCAGGGCUGUCUUGCGUUGCGGGUCAGCGUGGAGAGAUCCUGGUAUAAGGAGACCUGUGCAUCCGGGUAUGGUAUGUUGGCCUGCAGCCUCGCAGCGCGCAUGAUGGUCUCCUUCAGUUUAAAUGAAUUUAGGCCUCUGAUGCAGAUGUUGCUCCGCCGGCCUCGGUUAUUAAGGUCUUUUACCUGCCAAAGGAGCUGCAGGUGCACUGACCCUUGUCUCAUGACUGCAAAAUCUGUGACUUGUUGAUGCUGGUGUCAGGGUACCUUUUGUAGAGACUUAGAAGUCUGGUCACAGUGGAGUUCAUCUGCAGGACUCUGGGGACAUUACCUGGCAAUCUUCCAGCAACUUUAGUCAUUUUCGCGCCGGCCGAGAUAAACAGGCCCCCUUUUAUGACGCAAAAAAAGAGGGCGGAGCCACAAUGCCACAGGGGAAAUGGGCAGAGCCAAAUGACUUUUGGGGCGUGGUUAUCAUCCCAGGCAGAUCCAGUCACAAUAUAAAAAGGCUCCCAUGAGUUAGGAUCUUUGCCCUGUUGUGGUUCCUCUUGGUCCUGAAAGCGUGUUAUAUUCUUGAUAUAUUUUCUGGUUUUGAACUUUGGCUUGCCUUGACUAUUCUUCUCUCUGGUAUCCGUUUGACCGGGCUUGUUGUUCUUGUUUUGUACUACCUCUGGCUUCCCUGACCUCGGCUCGUCCUGUUUAUUCUCUUUCUCUCAGUAACAUCAGUCCGGCCAUUCUAAGGGACGUUACUACUUUACUUACACUCUGUGUUAGGAUUCCCCCUAUUCCUGACAGCUGGGCAACCUGGUGGCAUUCUGCCUUCAUCUCAUCCACCCUGUGCUUGAAGGCGAACCUCUAUAAUUUCUUCUCGGUUCACCGCACACAGCUCUGCGACCAUGACCUUCCUAUCGUUUGAGGUUAGCUUGUUGGCUUAAAUAAAGGCUAGGUCAACCCAUAUCUGAGACAGAGCUUCCUCUCUCACGGAUCCUGGCAUCAACUCUGCCACACUAUCCACUCCAUACAAGGUCGACGACCAUCUUUUUUGAUGUUUUGUCUAAACAAUUUGAUAUGUUUUGAAGACAAAGAAUUAGAGCUUCAACUAUACUUUCUAUGUCUUCUUCUCUGUUAAAUCAUAUCAAAACAGGAUGAAUCCCCUAAAGAAAAAAAACUAAAGAUAGGUUAUAUGUUAAAUUAAAAGUCAGAAAUGUAGUUAUGUCCUUAUUUCGUGAGAGUAAGUCUGCAGAACCUGGUAUUGCCAACACUACUCUUUUAUAUCUUGUGACAUCUGGUAGCUACUUCUUAAAGGACCACAAUAGGCACCCAGACCACUUCAGCUUAAUGAAGUGGUCUGGGUGCCAGGUCCAUCUAGGAUUAACCCUUUCUGCUGUAAACAUUGCAGUUUACCAUCUAGGGUUAAUCCAGCCUCUAGUGACUGUCUUAUUGACAGCCGAUAGACAUGCUUCCGCGCUGCUCACUGUGAUUUUCACAGUGAGAAGACGCCAGCGUCCAUAGGAAAGCAUUGAGAAUGCGACCGAAGGAGGAGGAGAGUUCCCAGCGCAGAGGAAGCCCGGCUCUGGAGAAAGGUGAGUGUUUAACCCCCUUCAGCACGGCGGGAGUGGGAACCUGAGGGUGGGGCCUAACUAAAAAUGACUAAAACUAAGUGGCUACUAAAAAUGACUGGACAUACCUAAUUUCCAAUACUUUGGGUUGUCUACUUUUGCAAAUAGUAUAAUGGGGGUAAUUCUCAUUCCUGAGUUAUCAUACGGUCUCAAAGGCAACAUUACCAAACUGGCAAAUUUCAAUGUGAAAAAAAUGAAAUUUAAGCCUUAUAUUUGACUCUCUAACUUUCCAAAACACCAUAAAACCUCUACAUAGAGGGUACUGUUAUACUUGGGAGACUUCACUGAACACAAACAUAAGUGUUUCAAAACAGUAAAACAUAUUACAACAAUAAUAUCGUCUGUAAAAGUGCCGUGUAUGAAAAAUGCAAAAAACUUCACUUUUACUGAAAAUAUCAUCGUUGUAAUAAAAUGUAUCAUUUUGAAACACUAAUAUUUGUGUUCAGCGAAGUCUCCCGAGUAAAACAGUACCCUCUGUGUACAUGUUUUAUGAUGUCUUGGAAUGUUACAGGGUUAAAUAAAGUGCUUGCGAAUUAACUUCUCUGCACUUUCUGCCUGGGUUGUCAGGCAUGUCAAUCAAAUUUUAAUUAAUAGAAUCACAUAAUUAUGCUAAAAGAUUACUUAAAUAUACACGUAGAAUUUUAAUAUAUAUACAUAUAUGUAUUUAAAUUCUACGUGUAUACUAUGUAAUCAUUUAUGUAAUUAUAUAUAUUUAUCUAUAUAAAUAUAUUUGCGUUUAUUUUUAUUUUAUAGAUAGCGAUAUAUAUAUAUUAAUGCCAAAAUACAGUUAGACUGAAAUUACAUAUGUGUAUAUAUAAUUUAUUAACAUUUUUUAAAUAUAUUUUAUUAUUGUAUUUAUUCUUGUAAUUAUGAGUAUAAAUCUUAUAUAUAUGUAACGUCAGUCUAAGUGUAAUAUAUGUACUUAUAUUAACAUUAAAAUACACUAUGUAUGACGACACACACAUAUAUAUAUAUAUAUAUAUAUAUAUAUAUAUAUAUAUAUAUAUAUAUAUAUAUAUAUAUAUAUAUAUAUAUAUAUAAUGAAAAAAUGAACUCUUGGCACUCUCCUUAUAAAAGAAAUAAAAGUAUAUUGCCUGGGUGCUGUAUCCUCAGCGUCAAAUAUAUAAGCAAAUAAGAAAAACGGGAUGCACUCACAGGUCUUCAUCAAAGUGAAAAAAUGGUGCUUUAUUAAUUUCACUUUGAAGACCUGUGAGUGCAUCCCGUUUUAUUUAUAUAUAUAUAUAUAUAUAUAUAUAUAUAUCUCUAUCACACACAUUUAUUUUAUUUUAACAUGUUUAAUAUUUUUUUUACACUUUUCAUGCAGUCCCCCUGCAAGCAGAUCCACAGCCAGCAAUAGGGGGCCAUGUGAUCGCUCAUCACAUGGUCCCUGGGGGCCUGAUUUGGCAUGGGAGGGCUCCCUGGCUGUCAAGCAGUCCUCCCGAAGCGGAGCGCCAGGAAGGUAAGUAUCCCAGCGGCUCCAGGGCUCAAAGCCGUUACGGCAUUCUAUGCCGCCGCAACAGCUUUAAAGCCCAUUUAAUGCGGGACGGCAUAAAACGUUAAAUAGAUCCAAUAGUGUGAUGUUUUGUACAGCAAACAAAGUACUAUGUGGUCUGUUCCAUCGGUUACCUAUACCCUCCAAUCCUUGGUCUAGUAUAUCUAUUAAUUUUAUUGUUAAUCUUCCCCCUUCCAAUGGAUUUAUUCUUAUGGUUAUUGCCGGUUUCCAAGAUGGCUCAUUUUAUUCCCCUUUAAAAAAAAAAAAAAAAAAAUUCCCCCCCUUCCCCAUCAGCAUAAAUGGCUAUGAUUUUCUCCAGGGAGGUAUUUCGUCUCAAUGGUAUACCGGAACAAACUGUGUAUGAUAGAGGUAGUCUAUUUGUUUUUCAUUUCUGGAAGUCUUUUUGCUUGUCCACCUACCACCCUCAUACUAAUUGCUAAUCAGUCUCUUCGUUGCUUCAUAUGUCAUCACUAAGAUGAUUAGUUGACCUUCUUCCUUGAACUGAGUUUGCUCUCAAAUCCUCAGGUUGUAGCAUUUUCUACAUAGUCUAUGGCCUGCAUCCUAUUGUUCUCCAGACUGCUUUCUCCUCAUGAGGAAUGCCAGCUCUGGAUGAAUAUUUGGCUUGUUUGCGUAAUACUUGGGAGCAGGUACAACAUCUCUCGGUUCUUACAUCUCCGUGGCAGAGGAGGCAUUCUGAUAGACAUCGUUGUGCAGCUCCUUCUUGUGUAGUGGGGAUAGCGUCUUGCUUUCUAGACACAAUAGCUAUGCCCUCCAUGAAAUUCACUACUGGUUUUCUCUAUUUUGUAUGUCUUGGAAUUACUUUUAUUCUAUGCGUAUACCUAAUGUCUUUCAUACAUCCAUGUUGAAACCUCUUGUAUGUAUUCCUUUUACUUGGACUCGUGCUCCUCCGCCUCCUCUUUCUGUUGAGGAAUAUGAGGUUGAAUCUAUCCUUGACCGUCGGCAGUCCAUUGGGAUGGGUAUGGUCCCAAGAAACCUAGUUGGGUUUCUCACUUUGAUGUUGAUGCUUCCCGGUUGGUCCGUUCCUUUCACCUGGGUCAUCUAGGCAAGCCUGUUCUUUCACACCCAGUGGAAGUAUCUUCCUGAUGUGGGGAGGGGGUGUUGUGUACUACCUGCCCCUUGCACCUGCGCUUCUUCCAUAGGUGAGUCGCACGGAUCUAACACUCCAUGGGGCUGUAUGAUCUGAAAUACAUACUCUAUAUUUACCAUUCAGCACCUGUCAAUCACUUCUCUCUUGGUUCUGUGGGGAAUAUUCACCCGGACUCUGCCCAAAGUACUGGCACGCCUUUUAUAAUGUGAAUAGCAUGAUAUACCGUCUACCAUUAAAGUGACCAUCUAGACCAGUUGUUUUCAACCAGUGGUCUGCAGACCGGCAACGGUCCGCAAAAGCUUUCACCCAGGGUGAGCUGGCCCUGCUGUCUGCCUUUCUCGGGCCGGUGAGGAGAUCAAAGACCUCCCUCACUGAUCUUCUGGCAGUUUGUUGAGGGAGGGAGGACGCAGGAGGCUGUGAUUCUCCCGCGAACAGGCAGGUCGGGGCGUUGCCUCGCGUUACCAUGGAAAUUCUUCGACAGAGCGCUGUGCUUGCGGCAAGAAAAUAGGCCAGCCUGCAGCCGGAGGAGCUGCAGGUUAAAGUGCACGCGCCACCACUGGAACACCAGGGAUUGCAGGGAUGUCCCCUCCUUCCAGGCCAGAGGAAGAAGGGGACAUAAAGCUUCGCUUCCCCCCCUCCCUUUUAAGUAAAUAAUAUACAUUUUCUCCCUGAUCACCUUCCCCUACCACAAUAUAGAUCCCCUCACACACUGCACCACUUCACACAUACCAUGCAGCCCCUCACCCAUUGGUAGGAUAAUAAGAUAAAAUGGAAAUAUUCUAAAUAUCCAACAGUAUAUCAGUCCUCUCUCCAAAAUGCAAAGAAACAAGGUGUUGCAAUUAUUAUUUAAUCGAACAUAAAAUUUUAAUUGAUCCUUGAACAGAAAGAUACAAUUGGUAGAUUUAAUAUUUUGAUUUGUAGAAUAGAAGACUCCUUAUAUACUUUGGUCAAUAUCUAUGCACCCAAUUUAUUCUCUAAAACUUUUUUUUUUUUUUUAAAGCCUUUUCUUUAAAAAAAAUCAAAAAUAUCAAAAAGGGGAAAUUAACAAUCGCAGGUGAUAUGAAUAUUUUUCCAGACGAAACACUAGAUAGGAGCAAUAUUAAAAUAUAUAUAUAUAUAUAAUCAAGACAUAUUAUUACGACGAAUUGUAAAGCAUUUCAGGAACUAUUGAAUAAAUAUGAUUUAUUUGUCAUAUGGCGUGUUCAGAAUCCUAAAGAAAAGGACUAUUCUUAUUUUUCUAAAGUCCAUAAGAUACAUUUUUAGAUUGGGCCUUUUUCUGACCAACUCUACCUAUCUAAGUGACUUUGUUCAUUCAUAAAUAGACGUGUUAACAUUGUCCGAUCACGCUCCAAUCUUUGUUAGUUAAAAAAUGAAUCAAAUAUUAAAGGUAGAUCCUUGUGGAGGCCUAUUGAAAGUUUAGUAGAAGAUAAAAACAAAGAUAACCUGAUGAACAAAGCAAGAGGAUUUUUUUUUUUUUUUUUAAUGAAAACUAUAACGUAGAGAUAGAUAAUACUACAUUGUGGUGUACAUUUAAAGGGGAUGUUUGAUUAAAUUAGGGGUAGAAAAGAAAAAAAAAACGGCAAGCUUUGGAACUUUCGGAUUUAUAUAUUAUCUUUAUCUUUUAUAUAUAAAGAUCAAGAGAAUAAAAUACAAUAUUCAAAGAAACUUGAAGAGGAAAUAAUAUCCAAAUGGAAAUCAAAAAUAAAUUAGAAAUAAAAUCACAGCUUUAAGUGGAUUAAAACAGAUCUGGUAUUUUCAGGACAAUAAAAUAGGCAAAACUUUAACUGAUAGACUUAAAGGCAUAAAAUAAAAAUUAUGGAUGAUAAUCGCCCAUGUCUUUCCCUAAAAGACAUAGGAAACGUGUUUGCAUCAUAUUACAAUCUUUAUAUAACCUCCCCAACAAUCAACUAUCUAAAGAAUACUUUAAGAAUACCUUUAAAAAAUUGCCUUGCCAAAAUUAAACCAAGGCCAAGCCGACCAAUUUUUAAACCCAUCAAUUUUUUACAAGACUCUAGAACCGCUAAUUUCUCUUUUUUUUUUUUUUUUUUAUGAAUAUGUUUAAUGGUAUUCAUCAUGUAAAAGGUUUCCCAGAAGAAAUGCUUAAAGCAAUAAUAUCUCCGAUAUUAAAAUAUGGGAAAGAUCCACAUUAUGUUACAAAUUAUCGUCCCAUCUCCUUAAAAAAAACAGAUAUAAAGAUAUAUUCAAAAAUACUAGCAGAAAGAUUAAAAUCGGUCAUUUCUGUCUUGAUACAGGUUUUAUAAAUAAAAGAUCAGGAGAAGACAAAAAAAUAAAUUUGUUAAACAUGAUCUCUAUAAUUGGCUAUAAAGCCAUACCAGCAGCUUUUAUUACUCUAGUUGCUGAAAAGGCUUUUGAUCGUGUUAGAUGGAGAUAUUUAGAAGCGGUUCUAGAGUCUAUUGGAUUAACAGGUUUGUUUGGCUGGGUGAUAUUUCGAUCUAAACACCUCUCAAAAAUAGGUUCUAAGACUUGACACUACCUCCCCACCAACCUAUUAUUUAUCUACUUAUUUUUCAGCAGAGACAGUGGAGAGGAGAAUAAAGGGGAUUAUAGAAACUUCCUCCUCUCUCUCACACCUCUCUACCUUAAUAAACAAAAUGAUUUAACUCCAAAACUAUCAAAAACUGAGCUGUGAGACUGUGAGGUCAUUCUCUAAAAACCAAAAUCAUUAAAUAAAGCUAAAGUUGUUUUAGUGCUUAGUGUUGGUUUUUUUUUUGUUUUUUUUUUUAAUAUAAAGCCUAUGGGUUGUGGCUAUUCAAGGACGGUAGAAAUCUUCAGAGGGCCGGUCCACCAGAAAUAUGCAUCAUUUUGCUUUGCUGCUUUAAUGCAGAAACAAUCUGUCUCCUCCUCCAGACUCUGACUACAAUCUUUGUUAUCCAUCUAACAAAUAGUUGCUGGGUUUGUUUUUGUUUUUUUUUAUCACAAUGUGGUGUGUUACUCAGAGAUGUACUUUAUGAUGAACAUAAUGCACAGAGAGACAGAAAGCAAGCAUAAUGUUUUUUUUGUUUUGUUUUUAGGAAACUGUAAGACUUGAUGUGACCAUUUUAAAGGAAAAUAAAAACCUGUCAGGACAGGUGAGUCAAGAAAGUAAACUUAAGGAAUAUAUAUCACUGUUACUCCUGCAUAGGAAUAUCUUUUUGUAUAAAGGGUUUGAUCAUUCUCUGUCACCCUUGUGUUGCCUCAUUGUAAAACCUGAGGGUUAUGUAUUUUGUACACAUGUGCUAUUUUCUGUAUAAAAGAAUUACUCCAUCCAUUAUACAUUUGCCUUUUAAAAGGAAAAAAUAAUAUGGAUGGAAGUGACUAGGUACCAUAGGCCUCAAAACAACUUUAUUGAGAUUUAGUUGUUUUGAGUGCAGUAAGUCGUUUUAAAACUUUAACAAAAGGAAAUGUUUUAUUUAAUAUUUUUUUUUUACAGUUAUUCUUUCGAUUAAAGUGCAAGGAUGAGACUUUUGUGAUCUUAAAAAUAAUGUUACAAUAAAUAAAAACACACAUAAAUGAAAGAGAAGAAAAACAAUAUUGUAGAAAAUAUGAAAUACUCAAUUUGACUAUGACGGAAUUUCACUGAAAUUACAGCAGGGUCAAAAGAUCUACAGAAACAAAGUUAGGACUACUUUGACUCUAUAUUUCUCCUCUGCCUGACUUUCUUAGACUCCAGCUGAAGUCUAAGUGUCAAUCCUGAAAGCCAUCACUAAUGAUGGCUGCAGGGAAUUGGCUGUGUCUAUAGUGGAUCCCGCGGUCUCGCAGGAUCCUCCACAGACCUCAGUGCUGUACUUUCGUGCCUGCGCAAGUGUACAGCAGGGACUUAAGCUCGUCAUGUCGCUUCAGACUGAAGAAGAUGGCAGUGCCGAUGAGGAACAGGUUUGGAUAAUUAAAUCUUACUUUACCUACACCCAGCCACCAAACUCUCAGCAGCAAUGUCACCAUGCGGGGGUCUUUGCGAAUUUGGCAAAGUCCCCAGAUGUUGACAGUGCUACUUUAAGGACAUAUAUACACAAGCAAAGGUAUUUAAAUUGCAAGUAAUGAACAAGUUACUGUCAACACGCUCCAAUUUGUACUUCUGAAUAUAUGAGUAGGUGAUAAUCUUCCAUAACAGUUAAAGUUAGUGUAACUGUACUUUUAUGUGUGCAUUUAUCUUUACAUGUCUGCAUUUUAAGUAUGAUCAAAUAGAUUGGUACUUUUAAAUUUGUUCUGUAGUAUUCACUUUUUGCCACUAUUAAAAAAUAAAUAAAAAUAAAAAAAAUACUCCAAAUGCACAGCCUGUCACGAUCUUAUCAAAAAGGUCUGGGCGGGCUGCAAACAGGCAAUUAACAUAGAUUCCACAAGCAGGGGCCACAAGCCAAAUCAGUCUUAGGCAACAGGAAACAUGAAAGAAUGAACUGACACUGCCGUCAGGAAGAGGCAGUGUUAUAUACCUGGGAUAAUGAUCCAUCUGCCUCAGGUGGACUUAGAUUGACAGGUAGGAGCUACUGGUAAAGUCCAGCCCCUUAGUGCUGCAGGCAGUGCCGGAUAAACAAGGCUAGAUCCACAAGUACUGAAGUGGCUCAGAGGCAGGAAUGUAGGCUUAGGAUGCAGAAAGACCCAGGUUCAAAUCCUCUGUGGAGCAUCCACGCCUGGCCAUCUGGAUGGCACGAUGAGAACCGUGACACAGCCUCGUUGAAUACAAUUUUCAAAAGCUCUAUUUUGCUCCAAUAAUACUUUGUUAUAGAAACCACACGGGGUACUUUUUAGUUGCCCAAUAACUAAUUGUAGGCAAUUGGAUCUUACACAAUCACUGCUAUCUUUCUCAGUGAGUUGAAAUCAAGCCACUCCUAACUUCCUGGACAGUCAGGCGCAGAAUGCAAUUAAUGCAGAACACAAUUGGUGAUUGGGCUGUUGAAAAGUACUGCAGAUUUUUCCUAGAUUAUGCUGUUACAUAAUUGCAAUGACUAUCUUUCUAUGUGUUCAUUUUACCAAUUUCAAAUGUAUUAUUUAUAUAUAUAUAUUUAUUUAUUAUUAUUAUUAUUAUUUAUGAUGUUUUUCUUUUUUGUUUGGUCACCUUAAGAUCAAGGUCAAUAUUGGCUACAGCAAAGGCCAGGUACAAGUAAAUGGAUUCCCAGUCAAUAAAGGUGUUACACGGAUAACCAGUGGAAUGGAAAUAUGUAAGUGGCAAAGUAUUGUAUCUUAGAGGGUAGACAUUCUACAAUGAGAGUUUUUUUGCAGCUGCAGUCAAAUACAUGUUGUCUAUUAUUUUCCAGUUGUGUAACUGAAAAGAAAAACAGGAACAAAACUUCUCCAUAAGUAUUCAAUUUUUAAUCAAAUUUUUAGUUAACAAACCGAAUUGGCCAUGGAAAAAAAAAUACAGCAUGAUACAAAAAAAUAUUCUAUGCAUUACAGUUGGUGGUGUCCCUUUUAAGAUCAUUUUAGAUGUAAGUUCAAAAAAAUAUUUGAGUGUAGAUUAUUAUUUAAGCUUUAAAUUUCUAGGCCAUCUGUGGCGCAGAUGGGUAGCUCUGGUUUUACCAGCAAUAGGACAGGAAAUCUAAUUAAGCAUCUCGCCACCAUCUUCUCAAAAGUUUGGUUAGAACUAGGGCUUUUUAGUGGAGACUUCAUUAUACACUUUUUUAUUUAGUAACCGACUAAGCUAUUUUGUAUAAAUAUUUUUCUUUUUGUGGAUAAGCCUUUGUCCCCUAACUGUAUAUGACUGUGUAUAUAUAGUGGACACUCAGGGGCUUAUUUAAGUGUACAGAGACAUGGUAGCAGCAAUGACCUGUGUGUAGAUUUAUCUAAGGAGAACUUCACUGCAGUGUCAAGCUGGUUAUAUAUAGGGCUCUGUAGUUAACCUAUGAAGUAGCUAUCCUUGGUGCUGCAGGUCAGAACCUCCUUGUUGCAUUUUUAUCAUUUCUUGUAUUACUGUGUUUCACCUCUUCCUUGCAUUUAUAUCUACGUAUACUUACAUAGUUAGUUACAUGGGCUGAUCCCAAAUCAUUCUCCUGUUUUGUUAUCCAUAACUUAAACCGUUUAGGGUGUAAGUUGCUUGUGCAUUCUUUACCCUGAAGUGCAUUUUUCUGCAUUCAAUUUCAAUCUAUCUAAAUCCCUCUGCAGCAAAGCCGCAUCCUACAUUAUACAAUGCUUUCCUAUGGGGUUUUGGGUGACGCUGGGCGUCCAGUGUCAGACGACCAAAAGUUGCCUAACGGCCCGGAGGUCCCUCUAGUGCAGUGAAUAAAAGGGAAUCAUGACAUGUCACACAUGUCAUGUGUCCUUAAGGGGUUAAAGGGUCAUAGCCCCUCCCACAACUUCAGGCCCUGCCUUCCAAUUUGUAGUCGGGGCCAUUUCAGUAUAGUAUGAAAUAGCUAGUGAGUAUACUUAUUCCAAUAAUAAUAAUAAUAAAAAAAAGUCGGUAGAGGUGUGCCGAAACGACGUGUGUGUGUGUGUGUGUGUGUGUGUGUGUGGUAGGCCUGUAAAUAAGUGGGCAAAAGGAAUACCCAUAUAGUGUAAUAUAAGAUGUUUAUUACGAAAACAGAAGACAUGGAGUUAGUGUCUUACGAUGACAUAUAACAAAUGCAUUCCUUAAUUCCUGUGUCGGCUGAGGUAUGCGUUGUUGGAGGGGUAGUACUGAAUCAGUACCUCGUGACCCCUCUGGCUGGUCUUAGUUGAUGGUAAGUUAAUACGUAGUGAUCCUGUAUUUGUACAGGUUAGAAUAUCGUAGGCAAAGCUUGGAAUCGUGUUGCCCUGUGAUGGUAAAUUCUCUGGUCGUGGGAACGAUAAAAAGCCAAGUAAAUGGCGGCUUUGAGAAUGGUGUUGUAACUGGGAACCUGUGGUGUUGCAUGCCCGGGAGAUAUAACUUAAUAGUGUUGUGUGACAUUUAUUUUGAUGUGGCAAAAGUGGCGAAAGCCCACAACUUUUAUUCUUGAACCAGUUUGUAAGGUGGUGAUCUGACAUAAACUUCGAUAUAUGCAGUAAGCUCUGUCAUAGCAGUGUGUGUAUUCUUUGAGGGCCAACUGUGUGAUUUCCUGCUGUGACUUAGCAACUCUUCUAUUCCAUAGGUAUGCUUGGAGCUGGGGAGCAAUCGUGGCUAUUGGUGAGGUAGUUGUUAGGGACCUCCUGAACGCCUGAACCUGACGACUAGAUAACUGGUCAGUAGCUGUAUUGUAAAUGGUGACAGGCUUCCCUUACGUUAGUCGUCUGAUGAAUUCAUAAUAAGGUAUACAAGACUGGCCUUGUUUAUGACGUGGCCAAUUGACAAAUUGUCAGAGACCUCGAAUCGGUCUGCUUGCCCAUAAAUGACCCCAUGUAGCUGCUGCGGCUAUGAUGGGUAGGCGUGCAGAGUUCUUUAACCCCUUAAGGACCAACUUCUGGAAUAAAAGGGAAUCAUGACAUGUCACACAUGUCUUGUCUCCCUAAGAGGUUAAGGAACCUUCGAUCUGCUUACUUCCCCGGCCACCUACCCCAUAGCCAACUGUCCCCUGAGCUUGCAGCAAGCUCUGCGUUAGCCGCUGCAUCAGGGUGAUUACAUAUGUAGAUGACCAUAGUUUAAACACUUAUAUGUAUAGGGGACACCUAAAUAUAUUGUGCCUGGUGAGUUCCAGCUGGGCAUCCUUCCCCUAGAAGAACCUGAAAUAUGUAUGAAGUAUGUGGAACAUUACUAGUUUACCACCGGUAACUAAUAUUGGAGAUCACAUAAGUGUCUGUGGUUGAAAAUGCAGAGAAAGGGCCGUAUAGGGAGCACUUGCAUGGUCUAACGUGACCAUGGUCGUAUGUAAUUGCCCCCUGUGGGUGAGAAUUGCGUCGUAGUGGAUUGCUCGCAGUGGGUCGUACAUAACGUGAGAGUGAUGGCCUAGUUAGGGCCACGUGUAGAGUCCUGCUGUGGUAGGUUGAGACAGAAUUGCAAACUUAUGUCAAAAUUGUAACUCCUAUGCAGUAUGUACUAGCCCAAAUGAGGGGCUGCCAGUAUGCUAUAGUGGACAGCCCUUUGGUGGGUCGUUUGCUACGUCUGAAGAGUGUGGUUGUGAAUAAAUUUUGCUGUGUUAUGCUACGGUCAUGGUUGCCCUUGUAAGCUGGAAUUAUUUAAAAGCUUAGAUGCUGGGUAAGGCUGUACGAUAGGCAUUGCUCGUGCACGGCUAAUGUUGUAACUUGUACCUGGUUUCCCGAGCAGUCGAAUAGCCAGGAAAGCGGGAAGGACAGUAUAAUAUGAUGUGUAUGAGGUGGUCUAAUACGCAGCGGUGAUGUGGGAAUAGUCCAGUCUGGAAUUGACUAUGUAAGCCCAAUGGCGGCUGGCUGCUAAGGAUGACCCCUGGAAACUUAUAUGACCCACAUGAUAACUCCGGACGAAUCACAAUGUAUAUGUACAUGUAGCAUACGUUGUAAAUUGACAAUAUGCUAGACUGAAAUAGUACACUGAGAGGUAAGGAGAACGUUUGUUAUGAAAUGAGGGGUUGCAAAUAAAACGUAUUUGUCCCCUAAGGUUACCUGAAUUAUGUUGCCAAAGGCCCAUAGAUGGCUUUGUGUGAGGACUAUGCAUAAGAGGUUGAGAGAGGCCCAAUGUAGUUCCAGUGGUACUGGGAGGUAACGUAAUUCUGAGUGGAAUUUAAUGGGGUGGAUUGGUGGUUUAUUGUAAGUUGUAGAUCAGUUGAAAGUUACGGACUAUGACAGCAUAACCAUAAUUGAAAUAUGGCCACACUGACAUCAACAGCAACCCCCAGCGUAACAUAUGAUCGUUGUAGGGACUACAUCGGGAACAUGAUAGCGGUGCCGAAAUGCCAUGACUAAAUAAACUAUAUACUUGCUGAGUCAACUGACCUGAGGGUAGACGUACUGGACUCCAUUUGCCCGGAAUAUAGGCUGAGACAUGUGGUAUGCAGUAGUGUCUGUACUGACACAAGACCAGGAAGGCCACCACCAUACUGAUGAAUAAUCUCUCCUGUCUUGUGUCUCUGGCCUGCCAUGACCACUGAGAUGUCGCCCUUGGUGUAUGAGCGGUGUACUGUGGCAUCCUGGGAGGCAAUAAUAAGCGAUACGAGAUUAACUUCCUUGCCCUCCAGGAUGUCCUUUGAGGUUUGCCGGUACCAUAUGGUUGGGGUAAUGACUUGAGGGCCUUAGAAGAUGGGCAUGUUAGAAUUAGCGGGUUGGGAAUGGGAAGGGCCCGGAAUAUCAGUGCGAGUGGUUUCUGGUGUCAUGACUGGACAGCUACGGGCUUCCAGUCUCUUUAGUCUAUUGGUCAUCUGCCUCAUGGAUGUUACUAUAGAGCUAAACCUGGUAUACUGGUUCGCAUUGCUUGUGCCACUUAUGCUUGUCCCCGUGUCUGAUUUGUUAGUAUUGGCUUGCAUUAGCCUGCAUAAUUCUGCUUUGCGGGCAGAAGGUGUAAAGGGUAUGUUGCUCUGCCUAAUUCAGCCAUGAUUUGUGGGAUGGCCCACGAUCUACUUGAAGAUGGACUGCCGGAAUCUCCUUGUUUGUAGGGUUGCUAGUCCUAGUUGGGGUACCUGGAAUGUCAUCUCCUUCUUCUGGAACUUGGGACGUACUGAAAUAAUCCUGAGUUCCUCUUGAGGAUCUAUACAGUUGUUUUAACUAGUGGCGAAACAAUUCGUUAGACUGGUGACAGAUGAGUCCCUACUAGUUGCCAAGUGGCUCUGUCGGCUCUAUCUAUGAGGGGGUGAUCUGCUGGAUGUGGGUUUAUAAAGGAUGAGUCUUUGAACUGUGGAGGGGGUGUGAUGAGUGAUUCCCUUGCUAUGCAACAUGUGAGGCGUCUAGCUAUGAUUUGGCCCGAGGGCGUUAUUACCUCUUUCGUGCGAAAUUACAAAUAUAUAUUAAAAUACACUUCGACUUUGUGUGUGUGUGUGUGUGUAUAUAUAUAUAUAUAUAUAUAUAUAUAUAUAUAUGUAUGUAUGCAUAUAUAUAUAUAUAUAUUAUUUUUCUUACACAGUUUUAAACUGGUUUUAUUUUAUUUUCAGGCAGCAGGGGGAGUACCUGUCAUUACCGGCACUGCCCCCUCUGCUGGCAAUGCCUUGGACGGCUAUGCCGUCCAUGUCAUCGCGAGGUCCUCGCGAUCACAUGGCCCAGGGGAGCCGAAGAGGAAGGAGGGAGAUUUGCCAGUGACCGGGUAAGUACAUAGGAUGGCGGGGACGUGCCAUGCCUCCUCCCGGCGUUUAGAGCCAGAUCCUUAAGGACGGCAUAGCACGUCCCCCGUCCUUAAGGGGUUAAACCAAAAGUAGUUUUUUCUAAACUUAAACCUCAGUAUUCAGGUUUAAUUGCUGUGUUGGCACUUUGAGGAAAAAAAGUUGGCAUGUAUUGAGGUUUGGGCACUCUGGCUCAAAAAGGUUCGCCAUCACUGCUCUAGUGGCUGUCCGGUUGACAGCCACUAGAGGUGGAGUUAGCCCUAAAAGGUAAUUAUUGCAGUUUCUUAAAAACUGCAAUAAUUACCUUUCCAGAGUUAAGGAACCUGGGACACUGCACCUAGACCAUUUCAAUGAACUAAAGUGGUCAGGGUGACUAUAGUGUCCUUUUAAGGACACAGGUCUAUAAUUUACAGACAAGGAUUUUGAACCAUUUUUGAAUAAAGGAGCCUCAUCUACCUUCCUCCAACCCUCCAGUACAAUUCUUGAAAGAAAAGAAUCUUGCAAGAUGAAAUACAGAGGUUCACAUAUUUUCACAAUUAAGUACUUGUGGGUGAAUACCGUCAGGCCCGGAGUUUUAUGUAGAUUAAAAACUUUCUUUAGCUGCUCUAGCAUCUUGUCUUGUCAUCCAACUUUUUGCAGCAUUUGCAUAUCUCUUCCCAUAGGAUCCUCCCUAAAAAUACUGUACUGAGGAAAAUAGUGAUUUAAAAUGUCUGCCUUUUCCUGGUCUUCAUUAACUAACACACCUAUCUCCGUUUUCAGUGUACCUACACUUUAAUUUUUGGGUUUCUUAGAAUUUAUGUACUCAAAAUGUUUUUAGGAGUUGUCUUUGCUCUCUUUGGCUAUCAAUUUUAUAACAUUUUAGCCACUUUAAUGGCCUUUUUGCAUGCAUUAUUGGCUUCCUUAUAUCUUAUAUAGGAUGCCUAUGAUUUGUCCAGUCUAAAAGUCCUUUUCAUAUUUUUAAUCUCUUGGUCUUGCUUUCCCACUAAGCUACAUUGGUUUCAAUUAGUUUCUUUUAUAAUUACUUUCCGAUGGUACAUACUGAGAAAUGUAGUUUAAUAUUUUGUUUGAAGAUAUUCCAAAUUAUCCUUGUUGUUUUCACUAAAUUCCAGUCAUUAUGUAAAGCUAUCCUUAUAUUAUUAUUGGCAUUUUAAAAAUUAUAUGUUCUAGUAUACCCCAUGUGUUUUUGGAUUUUCAAAAGAUACUAUAUUGUAAUCACUAUUUCUCAAGUGUUCUCUUUCUUGAAUGUUGGUGAAAAGAUCACAAGUUUGUCUCUCAGUUCACACCUUGGAAAACCUAACUUGGUGGUAAAAAAAAAAGUCAAGAUUCAUUCAUCAUGGCCUGUAUUUUGCACAAACCAUUUGAGUAAGAAUUACGACAGAUGCUCUGGAACAAGAUGGGGUGCAGACAUGAAUUCCUUAUUGGCUCAAGGAAGUUGGCCUACAAAAGAUAUCCUAAAAUUGUCCAUCUUCAAAGAAAUUAAAGUGAUUUGGAAAGCCCUGCUAUAUUUCAAACAACAUAUAAACAAAAUAAAGCCAUGCAGAUUCAAUCAGACAAGCUCACCACCGUAAUCUACUUAAACAAACAAGGAGGCCAUUUUAUGUGCACAGCUCGUCGCAUGGGCAGAAAGGUACCUCGUAAAUGGUAUAGAAAAUCAACUAGCAGACCAUCUCAGCAGAUACCACUGUAAACAGACAAACUGGUUUCUCGGCCUUCAACACUCUCGUCUAGAAAUUUUGAUUAUUAAAUAUAGACCUCAUGUUGACACGUUUCAAUCGAAAGGUUCCAAAGUUUGCUUCUCUUUACAGACUAGACAAUCCAGAUAUCGUAAAUUUAUUUUUUCCUUGGUAUCAGUGGCAGUAUGAACAACCCUCCCUUAUUAGGAAAAAAAUUAUUUACAGUAAGUAAAAUAUCUGGGGGGGGGGGGUUCAUAUAGCUUGUUAAAGACUGAUGUGUCAAGGAUAGGACACAAAAUGAAAUAUAUACAGGAAAUAAACUGCCAUUGUUUCUGACACUGUCCCUUUGAUAUCUUUGUAUGCUAUAUUAAGACAGAUAUCAGCUGAUGUCUUGUCUGUUGGAUUCUUCUAGGUACUUGUGAAGGCAUCACUAGUGACUUUGUAGCUCACACAUUCCCUCAAGAUAAUUGCAUUCUGAAGUUUAACUGAAUAGCUGAUGUGCAAUGGACCAGUAUGUGAUUCCUGUGAAAAUGCACAUUUCUUUAGCUGAACCAGUGCACAACAGUGUACAGAACUAAAAUAAUUAGUUGUCAGACUGUGAAACUGAAAUCAUGUCACCAAAUUAAUAAAUUGAGUCUCUGUAAGCAAGUUCAAAUAACUCCAUGUGUUUAUAGAGAGUUUUGAGGUAUUAAACUGAACAUGACUUCUCUCCUUCAGGGUCUUUUGACUAUUUGGGGUCACAAAUUGGUUCUGUCAGCAUACGUGUUCUUGUUCAAGAAUGGCCUAUGAAUUCCACGUCAGAGGAAACUCGGAUCAUUAUUCAGCAGGAAGUAAUUUCGUUUGAUGGAAAUCUGGUAAAAGAAUGUGUUUGUGUAUACAAAUUUUAUCACCUUAGAUUAUUUUUGUGGUGCGUACGUGUAUUUCCAAAUAUGGAAUACUCCAAUGGUUUUCUGUUUUGUUUUUGUGGUGGUUUUUAUUUUUGUGUGUGUGUGUAAUAUUUUUAUUGAAAAUAUAAGUAAAAGAACUGUAUAUAAUUAAUAUGAAAACAAAUAUGGUGAUAUGGAAUUACAACAAUACAAGCACAUGCAGUGCAGUAAUCCAGACAUCUGAAGGUACAAUUGAAAAUGAAUAAAUGGGAAUAAAAUGAUUAUAUAAUAGAGGCAAAGGGAAGUUGGUGUGUUUAACUUCAAAACAAAAAAUCUUCAUCGGUAGAAACACAUAAAUACGACAGCUGUAAUAGAAUAUUGUUAAAUAAAGCAGGGGGAGAGCAGAUGAAUAAAGAUGGCAGGAGGAAGGUGGGGAAGGAAACACAAACGUUCCCACAUAUAAUACAAGAAAAUGUACCAGGGUUCUAAGGGGAAGUGCUGAAGAGUGGUUUCUGAGGAGGCUGAUAUUAGUGAUCUUAGAGAGCAUACCAGGAACCUUAUCCAUUGGAUCUAACCUGAGGCCAUGAGCAAGCCCUAACAGCUGAUGGAUUCCAAGGACUUCAUCAUGUGAGUAUCCCUUGCACAUUGAAUCCACCCAUUCAACGUUCAGAGAUGUUUAUACUGGAGAAUAGAUGGAAUUUUUAUUUUAUUUAUUAAAUAUGUGGAACCUGGCAUUUUAGUAUGCAGUGGUAGGACAACUGCACAUCUCACUUCAGAGGGGGAAGAAGGGCCAAAUAUGGAGGUAUGGCAAUACUACUCUAUUGAAAAUAGGAAAAAAGUAGCUUAGGUACAGAAGCGUAAGUGAAACACAGCAACUAAAAUUAAGUAAAAACGAUUAUAUUGAGAAAAAAGCAGUUAAAUAUUAAAUAAAUCACAAAAGUCCAUGACUCUAUGAAUGAUCAAAACAGAAUGUGGAAAGUGUACACAAACGGUAAAAUCCAAAUAUAUUUAGUAAAGCUCCCUAAAAGGCAUCAACUGUCAAUAACAACAUCAUUACAAUAAUAACCACUUAUAUAUAUUAAGAUGUCCUAACACAUUAUACAUUCCAUCCAAUUGGGUUUAAAGUCCUAAAAAGCUAGUUAGUAACAAUCCCCACUAAGAAUAUAUGCUAGUUUAUCGCACAUUCAUUUUAUACAUCCGAAAGAGGUAAUAAAAGCACUGUCUACUUACACUUAAAAAAAUGUUUUUACUUUUUUAUACAUGCCAAAGCAUGUGUGAAUGAGACCGAGGUUAAGGGGUAAGCUUUGCACCCAUACCAAUUUAAAAGAUUGACCGGCUUCCGAAUACGGCUCUGCUCAACAUUUCCAUGGAGCCAAGGGACUGCCUCCAUAUCUGCUGAUUUGAAAUGCUAACACAUAUAAGCACUUUCAGCCAGUCAAUGAUGUCCAAACUAGACAAAAUUGACAAAUAUAAUGUAGAAUUCUGAAUUAUCACUGCAGACAAAAUGUGACUAUCCCUCGGUUUCUAGCAAACUGUUCCAUAUAUGAUUUGAUAAUAAACUGAGGGUAGUAGCUAGACUAUGAUUACCAUACGACGUUUUUUUUGUUUUUUAUCACAAUGAUUUAACAUUCAAACCUUGCAGCACCACACUGAAUAAUCAGAAUGUAAUUUAUGUUUGUUUCCAUCAGGUUCAACAAAACAAAACUACAGAAGUGGAACUUCUAGUUAAUGAGAAGUUGGGUCUAGUGACUUAUUCCAGUUCAACCAUCCCCAUUGAGGAGACUUUGCUGUAUUCAUUACCACCAUCUAAUGAUGUUUUAUUUACCUUCCCAAAUAUUGCAGAAACUGGUAAGACCACUUUCAUAAGCAUUUCCUUGAUUUAAGCCUGUAUUCUUCCAAGAAGAAACUCUAUGUUGUUCACUUUUAUUAAUUAAAUAUUACUAAUUAAAUAUGGCGCUUGGUUAGUGGCAGGGCUUAUUUAGCUCCAUAAUCAAUAUUGUGAUUGACUCCGGUAGAGUCAAUAUUGCACCUACUUUUCAACUUAUUUAGAAUUGGAUGUACACUGCGUAUGCAAUUUACAUUAGUUUUAGUUUUUAGUUUGAACCUGAUUUAGAAUAUAUGACAGAACAUCCAUGGGUUGUGCAUGAUAAGUGCACAGUUUAAAAAAAAAAAAAGAGAAAGUCCAGCAGACUGUAAGCAUGUGUCUGUACACCAGAAAUGUAACGCACACCAGCCAGACAAAUUAGAGGAACACUCUGUUUUAAAUAUUAGUUUCUCUGCAUGGUAAGAUUAUUGGGUCCUCACUUUUAAAAUAAAUAAAUGUAACAUGCAUUUAUCAGCACCAUCCUCAGUCCUCCUCAUGACCAUUUCUACUCUUCUUCUGACGGAUGAUCUUAAGCCAAUACAGUUCUUUUCAUAGAAAAGCAUUGGGCCAUAUGGCAUGUGUUUAACUAUUGUGACACUGCCAGGCUCCUCUCAUGCCUGCCAGCCACUAAAGGCAUGCGGAGUGACAUAUGUAAACAUUGUUAGAGUUCGUGGUCUACUACUUUUUGGUCUUUGCAUGGUCUACUUUAAGAUGUACACUGCUUUUGCAGUGUACAUUAGGAUGUAGUGGUUUUGGUGCUUUUUUUGGUCUCUUUUUUUAACUUUUAUUUUUUUAUAUUUUAAUCUGUGCACAAAGCAUGUGGUCUUCAACCAACCGCACUUUGCAUUUAAGAAUCCAGAAAAAUUCCAGCAAUGCAGUGUAGCUGUUGUUCUGGAAUGUUGAUUAAAUGUGUUUUGAGGUGGCCACAGAGAGAAGGGAAUGUAGAUAGGUUUCAGAGAGAAUUGCAGAAGAUGCCGUUCAGAGGCUGAACACUAGUUGGAAAACUGCUUUCCAAUAUAAAAGGGGAAUUGUCUGAAGAUCAGCAAACUAACAAUUUUCUGUUCAUAUUAGGAGAUUGUGAAGAUUAUUCAUGCUGAAUUUUCAUGUAAACUACUUGCCUACUCAUUUUUGUUAGUUGUACAUAAAUACAGUGUUGCUAUAGGAAAUAGCUUCAAAUUUCUAAUUAAAAUAUCAGAGCCAUUUCUUGUGAGUUAACAUUUUUAAAAAGCUAUUUUCCUUUUUCUCAAGACCUGAUGGCACCUACUUCUAGUAACAAAAUAUUCCUUUGAAAAAUACAGGUGACAGUGCUCCUCAGCAGACAACACGGGAAUAUAAUAUCAGGCAGAACACUACUCUGGAUGAGGAACCCUACCUGGGAAAGCUCCCAGAGACUCCUAUUAGAGGAGAAAUGCCAGCUUCAUCAUACAAGGUGACUGAAAAUGCUUUACAGUAAUAAUGACUUAGAAAUCAUAAAUGAUUGUUUCAGCCUAAUACAGAAAAGAAUGAAAAAAGGUUCUCCUGCCUCCAAUUUUGUCUUUAAUGCAAACAUCUUAUGAUUGAAAUACUAUCAUUUUGUAUUGUUUUGUUUUGUGGUGUGCAUUUGUAUGUAUGUUCUUUCAAUCUGGGAUUUUAAGGCCUGGCUAGUAGCGUAGGAUUCAAAUGUUAAGAGGAAUAUAGCUCUACCCACAGAGCAAGGCUAAACCAGGAGAUUCAAUAAAUAAACAUGAUAACUUAUAUGUACUCAAAACAUUAACGCACAACACAGGCUUUAUUAGUCUUUUAUUUUCAGUCAUAAUGUAAAAAUGGACAGUUUUCCCUUUAACAUACACUUCAACCUUGGAGGUUCUGGGUAGAACUGGUAGUCGGGGUAUAAUAAUUUUACCAAUCCAAUGAUUUGCAUAAGAAUCCCUUGAAUUUUCUUUCCUAUUCAUUUGAAUACCCUGAUAAUUUGCUAAUGCUGUGCUACUUAGUGUUUUAUGUGUAUUUAGUGUUUAUAAAAAUACAUAUGGCUUUAUGUACAGUGCCUUGCAAAAGUAUUCACCCCCUUGACUUUUUACCUAUUUUGUUACAUUACAGCCUUAAGUUCAAUGUUUUAUUCAUCUAAAUUUUAUGUGAUGGAUCAGAACACAAUAGUCUAAGUUGGUGAAGUGAAAUGAGAAACCUAUAUACAGAAAACAAUUUUUUUUUUUUUAGAAAUAGAAAACAGAAAAUUGGCAUGUGCGUAUGUAUUCACCCCCUUUGUUAUGAAGCCCAUAAAAAGCUCUGGUGCAACCAAUUAGCUUCAGAAGUCACAUAAUUAGUGAAAUGAUGUCCACCUGUGUGUAACUAUGUAAUCUAAGUGUCACAUGAUCUGUCAUUACAUAUACAAACCUUUCUUGAAAGGCCCCAUAGGCUGCAACACCUAAGCAAGAGGCACCACUAACUAAUUGCCAUGAAGACUAAGGGACAAUGUUGUUGAGAAGUAAAAGUCAGGGUUAGGUUAUAAAAAAAAAAAAAAAAUAUCCAAAUCUCUGAUGCUCCCCAGGAGCACCAUCAAAUCUAUCAUAACCAAAUGGAAAGAACAUGGCACAACAGCAAACCUGCCAAGAGACGGCUGCCCACCAAAACUCACGGACUGGGCCAGGAGGGCAUUAAUCAAAGAGGCAGCACAGAGACCUAAGGUAACCCUGGAGGAGCUGCAGAGUUCCACAGCAGAGACUGGAGCCUCUGUACAUAGGACGACAAUAAGCCGUACGCUCCAUAGAGUUGGGCUUUAUGGCAGAGUGGACAGAAGAAAGCCAUUACUUUCAGCAAAAAACAAAAUGGCAUGUUUUGAGUUUGCGAAAAGACAUGUGAGAGACUCCCAAAAUGUAUGGAUGAAGGUACUCUGGUCUGAUGAGACUAAAAUGUAACUUUCCAGCCAUGAAAAAAAACACUGUCUGGCGCAAACCCAACACAUCCCAUCACCCAAAGAACACGAUCCCCACAGUGAAACAUGGUGGUGGCAGCAUCAUGCUGUGGGGAUGUUUUUCAGCAGCCUGGUCUGGAAAACUGGUCAGAUUUGAGGGAAAAAUGGAUGGUGCUAAAUACAGGGAUAUUCUUGAGCAAAACCUCUACUACUCUGUGCGUGAUUUGAGGCUAGGACGGAGGUUCACCUUCCAGCAGGAAAAUGACACCAAACAUACUGCUAAAGCAACACUUGAGUGGUUUAAGGGGAAACAUGUAAAUGUGUUGGAAUGGCCUAGUCAAAGCCCAGACAUCAAUCCAAUAGAAAAUCUGUAGUCAGACUUAGAUUGCUGUUCACACGCGCAAACCAUCCAACUUGAAGGAGCUAGAGCAGUUUUGCAAGGAGGAAUGGGCAAAAAUCCCAGUGGUAAGAUGUGGCAAGCUCAUAGAGACUUAUCCAAAGCGACUUGGAGCUGUGAUUGCCGCAAAAGGUGGCUCUACAAAGUAUUGACUUUAGGGGGGUGAAAAGUUAUGCACAUUGACUUUUUUCUGUUAUUUUGUCCUAUUUGUUUGCUUCACAAUAAAAAAAAUAAAAAAUAAAAAUCUUCAAAGUUGUGGGCAUGUUCUGUAAAUUAAAUGAUGCAAAUCCUCAAACAAUCCAUGUUAUUUCCAGGUUGUGAGGCAACAAAACACGAAAAAUGCCAAGGGGGUGAAUACUUUUGCAAGGCACUGUAGGUAGAGGCAAUUGACACAAAUGCUUUAAACUUUCUGACAACAGUGUGUGCUUAAUUUGUAGUUGAUGUGCCAGUUUUUUGAACAACUGAGAAGGAAUUUGUGUUUCACCUGGACCCAGUGUUAUCCUGUAUUGAUUGAAUUUUUAAAAGUUGUUGUUGUGGGAGUCAUAGAAGCUGCAAUUGUUCUUGAAGUUCUGAAGAUUAUUUGUCCUUCUGCAGAGCAAAAGUAAGUUGAUGUGUCUCACAUUCAAAUCGUUUUUAUUUACCCAGUUAACCCUGCAGCCUCUCUGCUCUAUAAUCAUAUGACCUGAACAAUUUGCAAAUCGUUUUGAUCCUGCAGUCUAACCAUUACUCUAACAUAUUGAAUUACAGGAACUGUGGAAUUGGCCUAAAAUGUAAUAUUCAUUUAUAAAUGCCACACAAUCACCAUCAAUUAAAACUGUGUUGAAAUUUAUAAUCCUCUUAUUUGCUUUCUUGCGAUUCUCAUCUGAAACUGAUUAAUAUUUUCUUUUAUGUUUUAGGGGGAUCCUGAGUUUUGUGGACAUCAAAGAUUCCCCAUUGCUUGUUCCUUUAAUUGUACAAGACACAAGUAGUGUAAAUAACCUGGUGCAGAAAACCUCCAAUGAAAACUAAUUUUGUAGUUUUAUCUUGCUGUCGAUUUCAGUAUUUGCCUUUUGGAUGCCUAAUAAUAAACAUAUAAAAUGUGAGCAUAUAGCCACUCAAAAAUCACAUAUACAUGACUUGGAUAAAAAGAUGGCAAAUUAUACAAAAUGUUGCCAGCUGACGAUAAUCCUAAUGUUGGAACAUUAUUGCCAAUCAAUUCAAUAGAUAUUAAGUAGCAGCAGCAGAAGUAUCGCAAACAAUGUGUAAUGGAGCAGUAAGUAAUCCCAGGCAGGUUAGCAUUAAACCUCUCUGGACUAUGCUUACCAUGUAUCCAAAGGGUGCAAUGAACAAAGCGCGCUCGGUGUUUGUGGGAAAAAAAAGCUCAGUGAGUCCAGGUUCCUGCAUGCCUGUUGAAAAGGUAAAGCAGCUUCAAACAAUAAGGUAUAAUAUAUACUGAAGCAGUUGCUCAAUAAUUCUCUGGCAAGCUGUCAAUCAUGCAUAUGUCCAGAGCAACAAAUCAGGGAAGGACAAAGUCAUGUGCUAAAAAUUACCACCAUGUGGUCAAAUCAUGUAAAAUAAUCAGUCUAAAUGUUUCAUCUGUCUAGCAAGCUUUAUCAACACUUAAACAUUAUCAGCUAGAGAGUGGUUCUUAGAAGGAGCAAACCCUUAAUGAAAAUUACAUUCAUCACUUACCGUAUAUACUCGAGUAUAAGCCGACCCGAAUAUAAGCCGAGGCCCCUAAUUUUACCACAAAAAACUGGGAAAAAUUAUUGACUCGAGUAUAAACCUAGGGUGGGAAAUGUAGCAGCUACUGGUAAAUUUCUAAAUUAAAUUAGAUCCCAAUAAAAUUACAUUAAUUGAAUAUUUAUUUACAGUGUGUGUAUAGAAUGAAUGCAUAAAAAACAUUUAAAAAAAAUAAUGCAAAUAUUAAAAUACUAAUAUAAUAAUAAAAUAUUAAAAUAAUAUUAUUUUAUUAUUAUAUUAUUAGUAUUUUAAUAUUUGCAUUAUUUUUUUAAAAUGUUUUUUGUCCCCCC